AUGCCCGCCGUCCCUCCAGCUGCCGUGCGCGCCCACCCUCCCUACCGCGCGCGCCCGCCCUCCAGCUUCCUCGCCAAGGAUCCCUCCGCCGCCAAGGUGUCACGCGCCCGCCCUCCAGCUUCCUCGCUAAGGAUUCCUCCGCUGCCAAGGUGUCGCGCGCCUCCCUGUGUCUUCGCGACGACGCACCGAACUGGCGGCGCGACCACAGAGACUUGCGCGUGUCCAGGAACGACGACGUACGCGGCCACGGCGCGAGAACGGAGAAAACGAACUAGCAAGACAAGUGUGAAGGCUGGAAGGAAGAAGGCAAAGAAAGGGGAAGCACCAGCACCUGAACAAGCCACCCCGAGGAUAAGAGCAGCAGUAGCCAGGGAGGCAGCAAUAAAGGCAAGGCUAGAAGUAGAGCAAGCUGAAGCCAAAGCAAGAGCAGCUCUAGAAGCUGUUGAAACAGCAUCAAGGGCAGCCAAUAGAGAGCUGCCACCUGAACCUGUUCCUCUCCAGAUUGAGCCGCCACCUGAACCACUUCAAGGAACUCCAAAUGGUCCUACAACUCAAAGACAUCAGGAUCUCAAUGCUGAUAUCUGGUAG